GUUUGGAUAUAUCAACAUGAGCUCUGCUGUCUGAGUGAUGUUUUCUUCCAGGACAAAAUGCAGCUUUUCCUCUGUGGUGCCAGGGUCCCGCAGCGCCGCCCGCCACAGUGCCACCUACACGCGGGUAGCGAGAACAGUCAGGAAUGACAGAGGAGGAAGAGGAGGCAGAGGAAGGAGAGGAAGGAGAGGAAAUCGUGGUGGAGAGGACAGAGACUGCCGCCUGUCUAAAUCCAUGUCUUAUGUUCUUCGCCAUGGAGCCAACCAGAUGGGUCUUCAAAUGGGUACAGAUGGCUUUCUGUUUGUGGAGGAACUCCUCGCUCAUCCACAGUUCCGCUCAUACUCAUUUGAAGACGUCGAAAGAGUCGUGGCCACAGAUGACAAGCAGCGCUUUAAGCUUCGCCCCCACCCAGAGGACGGCCGCCUGCAGAUUCGUGCCAAUCAGGGCCAUUCAGUACAGGUAAUGGAUUUGGAGCUGAAACCAGUCCUGGCUGGUUCUCCAAACUGCCCUGCUGAGGCAGUUCAUGGCUCCUACCUUCGCAACUGGAGCUCCAUCCAGCAGCAGGGCCUGAGCCGCAUGAACAGGACACACAUCCACCUGGCAUCGGGCCUGCCUGGGGAGGAUGGCGUCAUCAGCGGCAUGAGGAAAGACUGUGAUCUAGCCGUGUUUAUCGAUGUCCCCAAAGCUCUCGCUGAUGGUAUUGAGUUCUUCUGGUCAGAAAACGGUGUGUUGCUAACUGCAGGCGAUGCAGAGGGAAAACUUCUCCCUAAAUACUUCAGCCAAGCCUUAAGACUGAGACCUACAAGGAGCAUCCUGCCACUGCAGUAGCAGCAGAGGAUACUGUUUUGUCAUUGGUCAAAGCAGGACUCACCUGACUGUGCUAGCAUCCCAUGGUUGGUUGAUGCUUAUCCUAGUUCCCUUGGUAACACUUCUUGUUUGGCAGGAGCAUCCCAGUGUGGUGAUUUUGGUCAGCAACAGGAUAAUCCAUUCAGAAAUAUCCUAAAUGUGAUUAAAUUGGUAAACUUUUGUUGUUGAAAUGAUCAGGAUGGCUUUAGGGAAGCAUGCUUUAUUUUUAUAUGACCAUUCAACCAUUUUAUGCUGGCAAAUGUCUCUUUUUAUGUAUGAGUUAUAGAGGCUCUGUUUUCUCUAUUGCAUUGUUAAUGCUAAAUAAACUAUGGCACACAUUGA